GUAGUGGAAAUAAUGGAAAUAAUGGUCCAGGUAGUGGAAAUAAUGGAAAUAAUGGUCCAGGUAGUGGAAAUAAUGGAAAUAAUGGUCCAGGUGGUGGAAAUAAUGGAAAUAAUGGUCCAGGUGGUGGAAAUAAUGGAAAUAAUGGUCCAGGUGGUGGAAAUAACGGAAAUAAUGGACCAGGUGGUGGAAAUAAUGGACCAGGUGGUGGAAAUAAUGGACCAGGUGGUGGAAAUAAUGGUCCAGGUAGUGGAAAUAAUGGAGCAGCUCCAGGUGGAAAUAAUGGCGCAGCUCCAGGUGGAAAUAAUGGAGCAGCUCCAGGUGGAAAUAAUGGAGCAGCUCCAGGUGGAAAUAAUGGAGCAGCUCCAGGUGGAAAUAAUGGAGCGGCUCCAGGUCAAAGUGGUGUAAAUAAUGGAGCAACACCGACUCAGAGUGGAACUAUUCCAGGUGUAACAACAACAGUACCCACGACUACCUCAGUACCUUCAAUAGCACUUUCUCCAGGCAGCACUGGUUCUGUUAUACAUUCAUCAAAAACUUCUGGGUCAUAUGGAAUAAUCAAUAUUUACGCUUUAUCUAAACCAUUAAUACUCGUAACAUAUUAUUGUAAUUAUCCUGUGCAAUCCUAUCAGAUGUGCGGACUUAUAUUAGAUUGGUCGGGUAAUGUUAAAGGAAAUGUGAUUACAUUUAGUGAAAGUUGUUCAGCUAGCGAAAUAGUUAAAAGUUAUAAAGAAGAAGGAUUUUUGUAUACUUGCUACAAUUCUACAACUAACACUUUAAAAUGGGCUCCAUACAUAUUAAACUCGGACCAAUCAUUCUCUACUAACUCAUCCGGUCAAACUACCGAAAUUACUCAAAUUACAAACAUGACAUUAUUUUCAAAAUUUAUAAACAUUUUUCCUACUGAGGAUGGUGGUUACGGAUUAGUUUAUACACAUUAUACUUCUAUAAUUGGUCAAGGAAUAUCAAGUCCAUGGGUACUUUAUUAUAUGGGGAUUUCUAACAAAGAUUCUUCAUCUAAAACACCUUUUCAAAUAUAUCAUUCACAACCUAAUACAAAUACUACUGAUUAUAAAUUGUACCAAUGCUCUGUUGCACAAGAAUCUGUUGGAUACAACUGUUUGUUAUAUAAUAAUCGAACUGAUAAAUCAGUAUACAUCAACAUUAAUUUCUGGACUUCCAGUUUUUUCAGUAAUCAAACUGAAUUAACUGUGAAUUUACCUGCUCCAUAUACUAAUGUGAUAGAUAUUGAGGCUUUAGCCUAUGGUGGUUAUAUUUUUGUGGCUAAGGACACUUCAAGUACUACAGGCGUAGGAAAUUAUAAAGGGUAUAUAUAUUAUAAUAAUGGAACCUAUGUCGGAGAUUGGGGACUCCCUGUUAUCACAUCCGACCAACCGAUUGUUGGAGUAUCCCCAGAUAACACUGUGUGGGCUAUUAAUGGAAGUAGUUCAAGUUCAAAUGUGACGAUGGUGUCAUCCGAUACACUAACAAAUUUCCGUCCAGGUGGAGCUUUAGGUUCAUCCUAUAUACAAAGUGUCAUACCGGCUGCAAACUCGACAAUUGCACCAGGAAUGAGUGUGCUUUAUAUAACAUACACUGGUCCAGUUUCAAAGUCUAGCGGAUAUUUCAGGAUUUGGCAAGUCAACCCUUCCGGAGGCGAUGAUUAUUUGCGUGGCAAAAUUCCGGCAUCUGAUAACAGAGUUAAAGUUGACGGUGCAAAUGUAACCAUAUCCCUGUUACCAAGUUUUACUAGUAGUGGUAGUGAACGUUUUUACGUUACAGUGGAUGAUGAUGCAAUGAAAAAUCAAGAAAAUCAAAACCUUAUUGGUAUCAAAAAACCGGCGUGGAGUUUCAAUACAAGUCCAGCUCAAGAUAAUGGUACAGGUGUUGCAAAAGUCAUUGUUCGUCUAACCACAGAAGGGACUACGCUUUACGUAUCAUCAUCAUCAAAUGAUAGAUCAACUUUUGUCAGAAAUAUGAGUAGUAAUAUUGCCACAGUACUUGGUUGCGAUAUCUCGCGUAUUUCAAUGCCAAUACUUUAUCAAUAUAGUACUAGCCAUGACAAUAAUGUCGGUGAUCAAAUUUUUAUGGGUGUUAAUUUCAAUCAAGGCUCCGCUACAGAGAGAAGUGCAUCUAGCCUUGCUAAUGAUUUGAAUGAAACGAUCGCGAACAAGGAUAUUUCAGCAAUAUCCACUGGCACAACCUCUAAUUACCUUGAUCAAUCUAAUGGUGCUUGGCCAAUACCUUAUUUAUGGGGUAAAUACAAAUUUAUUCUUAUUGGCGUUUUAAUUGGACUUGCGAUCUUAUUUCUCUUGUGGUUCCUUGCGUGUCGUAGGCGCUAUAGGGAUGAUAAGACAAGAAGAAGACGACAAUAUGCAACUCGUAGCUUCAUUACCAUCUUUUUGUCCACGCUAAUAGUGGUAGAUCUUAUAUUGGAUAUUAUAUUUAUUUGUCUUCAUGGAAGGGAUGAAAAAUGGAUUUUGCCAGUCAGUCGUGAGCUUAGUCAUAAUGAGCAUUAUAAAAAAUGGUGGCAGAGGCAUAGCCGCACUGCAUUAGCUACAACACUUUUAUCGGGACUUGAUAAUGAAGCUUUGAACGUGUCUUCUUCACACACUGGUGGCUUUCGUUCAUUAAAUGCUCCUUACUCACCAGAGGCUGAUAGGCGGAUUUUCUAUUGUACUGCUAUUAUUGUACUUAUUGAAGAUGUACCUCAAUUUAUAUUUUUGAUAAUUUAUCAAAAAGUUACUAUCAUUCCAGCUAUUGUUCCUAUUCUUGCGCUUUGUUCAUGCACGAUUCUCAUAUUUUUUAGGGUCAUAUCAAUAAUAUAUCUUGGAUUCUUCUAUGAUCGAACUUCAAUUGCCGAUCGUGAUUAUGAUGAAGAACUGAAAGAUGAAAAAGAUAGUAUUGAAGCCAUGGAUCCAGGUGGCCCUGUUCCCGUUCAUAAUACAGAAAGGGUACCAACGGGUCGACUUAUUCCAACUGAAGAAGAAAGUCAAACUAUGUCUAAUAUUCCUAGUCAUCACAAAGGUGCUCUAUUUAUUGGAUCUGGAUCUGUUGGGAAGGAUGGAAAGAAUGGAAAAGAUAGCCCUAAAACUAGCGAUAGAGGGGGACUGGGUGUGCAUGCGAAAAAAACUGAUCUCGCUGAACAUGAAGGACCAUUAGGAAAAUUCGCCCAUAGACAUUCAAAUUUAGAUUUAGGAAUGGAUGAUCAGGAUUUCGAAACUAGGGAAGAAAUAAUAGAAGAAGAUGGUGUUCCCAUAACCAAAAUUGAAAAAAUUUAUUCUCCUAAAAUUGAAAAAACUAAUAUUUAUGAAGACGUUUAUAUUGAGGGUGAUGCACAUCAAUCACAAACUAGAGAAGGUAGUUCUACAAUCCAGGAAAUCACUCAUUUGUCUCAUCACCAAUUACCACCCGAUUUUCCACCGGGUUCCAGAACUCAAACCACGACAUAUGUGGAUGAAGAAGGCAUUACUAGAACCAGAACCGAAUACAUUUAUCCUCAAGGACAAUUCUCUGAAAGCCAUUUACCAGAUCUGCCACAGGGUUCCAGGACUAAUACCACGACAUAUGUAGAUGAAGAGGGUGUUACCAGAACCAGAACUGAAUAUUUAUAUCCAGAAAUACGUUUAUCUGAAAGUCAAUUACGAGAACUGCCACCAGAUACUAGAACUCAUACCACAACAUAUGUAGAUGAAGAAGGUGUUACCAGAACCAGAACUGAAUAUAUAUAUCCAGAAAUACGUUUACCUGAAAGUCAAUUACGAGGACUGCCACCAGGUACUAGAACUCAUACCACAACAUAUGUAGAUGAAGAAGGUGUUACCAGAACUAGGACUGAAUAUAUUUAUCCUGAAACUGAAACAAUUACUACCGUUCAUGGAGAUGCGCCUGAUAUAAGUACAACUGAAAUUCAUCCAUCACAUAUUAGCCGAG